AUGAAUAAUAUGCAAUAUAAUGAAAUUUUAUUUUUUAAAGUGUUUAGAAAUAAAUAUAUUUUUCAAAACAUUUUCUAUCAAAUUAAAUUAAAUAAUAAACAAUUAAAAUAUUACAGAUUUAAUUAUUAUGAUGUACCAUUAGAAACUAUAAUAAAAACUAAAAAUAAAAUAUUACUUUUAGAGAAAUUAAAUAAUCAUGAAAAGCAAAAACAACAACAACAACAACAACAACAAAAUCAAGAAAAUCAACAACUACAACAAAAUAAACAACAUUUAUUAAUUUUUGAAAAAUCAUGGUUUAAUGAAUUAUUUAAAUCAAAUAAAGAAUGGUUUGAUUUAGAAUUAUUUUUAAAAGUUUAUAAUUUAUUUAAAAUAGAUGUUGUAAAUAUAUUAUUAAAAUCAAAAAGUUAUUAUUCAAGAUUAUUAAUUAUAAAAGAUAAUUUAAAUGUUUUAAUGGAAAUUGGUCAUUUAAUAUUUAAUUUCGGUUUAAGUGGUAUUGAAAGAUUAAUAGAUGAAAAGAAACUAUUAUCAAUUGAAAUGUUUAAUUAUUUAGAUAGUUUUGGUUUUAUAGAUUCAAAAUUAGUAUUUAAUCAAUUAUAUAUUUUAUUUGGUAAAUAUACAAUGGAUUAUCAAGGAGGAGAAGAACAAGAUGAUGAUGAUGAUUAUAAUGAAUAUUAUUAUAAAAGGAUUGAUAAUGAGGUAACAAGUGAAGAAGAAGGAGAAGAAAUUAUUAAUGAAAUUGUUAGAUAUAAUUCAAAUGAUCAUUUUGAAUAUAUUAAAUUAUUAUAUAAUAAUAAUAAACCUAGAGGUGUUAUUAAUCAAACAUCAUCUCCAUUACUAAAAAAGAUUAUACUUCAAAUUGCAUUAAAGUAUGAUGAUAGUAAUAUCUUUAAAUUAUUGUAUUCAAACUACCAUUGUAAUGAAACAAAUCAACUUAUUAAAUUAUGUGAUGGUAUUAUGGUUAAACUUGAAGAGUUUCUGCAUGAUGGCGAACUUUUUAGAUUCGAUUUUGGAAAUUAUAAAAUCCUUGAUUUAUAUGCUGGUAGAUUUAAAUCAAUAGAUUGUGCAAGAUAUAGAAUUAUAAUAGCAAGUUUAUUAAUAUCACUAUCAACACAAAAAAAAAAUUUAAGUCAUUAUGUAAAGAGAAUAGAUGAUCCAGAUUUAGCAGACUUUAUAAUUGAUAAUAAAUUACAGAAUGAUUUUCUAUUUUCACAUCAUUCCUUAAGAGAUGAUCUUUCAAAUGCUUCAAAAUUCAUUACUAAUAAUAUAAAAUUAUGGAUUAUUUCAAAAAUUAAAAGUUCAGAGAAAGUAAAAUUCUUAUUAAAUAAUGGAAAUAUAGCAUUUGGAGAUAAAACAUAUCUAUAUUGUAAUGAAACAGUUAAUAAUAAUCAAGAUUUAAUUGAAAAACAUAAAGGAUUAAUAAUUUCAACCUUUAGUGAAAAGUAUUUAAUUGAAAUUCCAAUUUCAAAAAGAGGUUUAAAUAAUAUUUUAGAUUCAAUUAUGGAUCGUCCAUCUUAUAUGACUACUAAUAGUACCGCUGAUAAAUUAAUGAAACUUUUAUUUUUUUCAAUUAAAGAAGGUUUAAACCAUUUAUAUAAAAAAUUAUUUAAAAUUUUACUUGAAAAAAAUUCAACAAAUAAAGACUUUUAUAAUGAUUUCAUUCAUAUUUUUUAUACACUUGUAUCAUUAAAUAGAAUACCAUUAUCAAAUAAUAAUAAUAAUAAUAAUAAUAAUAAUAAUAAUAAUAAUAAUAAUAAUAAUAAUAAUAAUAAUAAUAAUAAUAAUAAUAAUAAUAAUAAUAAUAAUAAUAAUAAUAAUAAUAAUAAUAAAAGGGAAAUUUAUUUAAAUAGAGUUUAUAAAGUUUUAACAUUGAAUGGUAAUUCAAAGCUUAUUGAAUUUUAUAAAUUCAGUGAUAAUAUUAAAAGGUUUGAAAAAAUGACUGUUUUAAAAAAAAAAAAAAGACAUCUUUCAAUUAGAAAUUAUUUAACAAAUUUAGAUUUAAAUGAAUUUUCAAGUGUUUUUAUCAAUGAUUCAUCAAAUCAAAAAAGUAGUUUAAUUAAAUAUUUAAUUCAAACCAAUAAUUAUUGUUUAUUAAAUGAAUUUUCAAAAAUUUUAAAUAAUAAUGAUCAAGAUAAAUUAUUUUAUUUAAAAUAUUCAGUUUGGUCAAACUAUCCAAAAUCAUUCACUUAUUUAAUAGAAAUUAUUAAAUUUGAUAAUUGGAAAGAUGGAUUUUUUAAAAUACUUAAAUUUAUUAUUUUAAAAGAUAAUAUUCAAUUUUUAAAUAUUAUUUUAUUUAAUUACAAUUUUAUUAAUAUUAUUAAUAAUAAUAGUGGUGGUGAUGGUAUUCAUCACUGUGGUGGUGGUAAUAUUAUUGAUAAAAAUUAUUUUUUAAAUUAUUGUCAUAUAAUAAUUUUAUAUUAUUCUUGUAGAUUUAAUAAAAUAGGAAUUAUUGAAAAAUUGGUAAAUGAAUUCAAAUAUAAUUAUUCUCCAAUUAAUUAUAAAGGUGUUCAAUUAAUCAUUCAAGAUCAAUUCACAAAUGAAUUAAUUCAAAAAUUAAAAAAUAAUUCAAUAAUUAUUUCAUUUAUUAAAAAUGUUGGAUUAGAAGAUUUCUUUUCAAAAAAUGAUAUAGAUAUUGUUGACUUUAGUGUUUUAAGAUUAACAUUUUAA